GAAUGAAUUAGCUAAAUAACGACAGGCAUUUGAGUUGCAGGCUUCAUAUUCAGAAAAUGCAUGGUAAUACAAUGACAAAACCUUUUAAAGUUGUCCUUAUUUUGGGGCUGUUGCCCCGCCCCCCGCCUUGUCCAUAUCUUUUCUGCUAAGAGAUUGGGAGGUGUGACCCCUUUUUAUUUCGUUUCUGGGUUAUAAAGACUAACCCGUAGAAGCUAAAGGCUUGGACAAUGUUGCCCAUGGUUUGAGCUGUAGUCUGUGAAUUACAGCGUUAUUAACAUGACUUUAUUUUUCCCAGGUAAAAUAGCUGGUUGGCCGAACGUUGAACUUUACCACACAGUAGCAGCUUGUAUCAGGGAUUCUCUCAAGAGUAAAUAGAGGUGCUGCCGUUUAGUAUAAAAGUUCCGUUCGUGAAUUUAGGCGGUGGUAUUUUGUAAAGUAUGGCUGCACUGUGAGCUUGUUAUUGCUUGAAUUUGUUGGCUUGCAUUAACAAGUACAUUAAUUACUUGUGCAAGACUUGCUUUUGAUGUACUAUGCGAUAUUCUCCUCCUGCUUACUUGUUGUCAUGUCUUUACAUUUAUUUGGCUCCUCUGUCUUCACCAGUAAAAGGUUGUGUGGUUGCAGUGAAUACCCAAAUGUGUCACCGUCCAAGUAUGCUAUUGUAAGCCGUUCAAAAAAUUGACAACUGGCACAGUUACAAGUACUUGCAGGGUUAGUAAGAGGACGUUAUACAACUGUGCCUCUUUUUAACUAGUAGAAACAUUUCCUGAUCCUGAUAGGAAAAGCAUAGAAUAUAGACCGCUUUAUAAAGCUUGUAAUGAAUGUUGUUUUUUUUUUUCACUUGGAAAACAAUUCAGUAGUGGUAUCCAUUUCGGCUAGAUUAUGCUGCAAUGAGUGGUAAAGUUUAGGUGACCGCAGCAGAGGAGGAAAAAAAAAUAGAGACAAAAGUUAUUAAAGAUAAACAAUACAUAUAAGGGAGUUGCAAAAGUAGUAGUGCUGGGCUGACGGACUCAUGAAAUUUGACAACUCAAACAAGGAGCUGUAAUAUUACUGAUCCAAAACAGGAACACUCCCUUUUUGUUUUAUUGAGUUCUUGACGCAUUCAUGUUUUGAUAAAUCAGCUAUACAAUAAGAAAAUUAUGUUUGGAACAUCUGUGUGACUGAAUUGUUUGGUAGGGUCAUGUAGUGCUUGAUGCAUCCCUUUUCGUCGUUUGAGUUCUAUGUUUUAGUGUAUUAGUAGACAUAAACGAUAUCACGUUUGGCCACCAUGCUAGCACAUGGGUAUUUGUAUCUUGUGAGGAUUUAGAAUGGCUACAUUCCCUUUGCAGUAUUUGUUUCACUGCAUCCACCUUUUUGUGAACUUUCUAGUUUCUUGUUAACAGUGUUCCAUAAACUGUACUGUAUUGCUAAGCAGAGAAAACAGUUUUGGUCGGUAAAGUAGAUUUACCUAAUUUUCACAUGUCUGUUUUGUGUUGCUAGUACUGCAUGUAGUCAAUAUUGCUGUUUGUUUUAUUAUUUUGUUACAAACUUGAUACUUGGUUUCAUUGGCAUUUUUCAUUUAUGAGCACUGGUGGUAGUGUCCUUGGAUGAUCCAGCGUCUAGAUUUCUGCAGUAGAUUGUUAGUAGUAGCUGAGCUACUUCGUGUGUACAUGAAUGUUUAAGAAGAGCCCCAAGAAGUGGCUAAUUUGCUGUUAGUAGUAUUGUCAAGUUAGAAGUUGUUAUGCAAGUUUCCCAGUUUGUGUGCCUUAAUGUUUAUAUUUCUGUAUGCUUUUCAGUUUGUAUUGUUGUUUGUGAGAUGAUAGCUUAUGUCAUGAUGGCCACACAUGGCUCAGCCCAACUUAACUCUUCCUGUACUUCUUCCUUAACAUUAGUAUAUGAUCAGCCCUUCCUUACGCUGUAGUGUGGUAUUUACCAAAGCAAAGUCCAUUUGGAGUAAGGAGCACCUUUAUUCUGAACACUGCAGGGACUGACAGCAGUGUUUACCAUUCAUAUUCUGAUAGUUUUACAGUUUAAAUCUAUGCUGUUUUAAUUUCUCCUUUAAUGUGUUGUUUUUGAGAAUCAUCAAGGCACUGGGAUUUACAGCAUUCAAAGAACUUAGCUUUUGCAUCUGCCUUACUUUCCUUUACCGUUCAGUGGAAAGCCAGUUAGUUUUAUAACAGUUCAUUGGAUUCACUGACACAAGUGACCUUAAAAAUGAUGAACAUGUACACUGGCAGUUCGAAAGGAGUCAGAGUGCCAGAGUUUGGCUGGAGAAUCUGCUUGGCACACAGGUUCGAAGAAAAGAGGAAACCAUUUAAUGUGAGCAGUAUUUCAUUCUGUAGUCUUAUAGACAAUUUCGGCCUAGGCGUAAGGUAUUUGAAUUGGUGGUACAGGAAGACUCAUGUGGAAAAGAAGGUUCCAUUUAUCGAUAUGCUGAACUCUGUUCCUCUCCGACAGAUCUAUGGAGCACCUUUAGGUGGAAUAGGCGGAGGUACUAUUACUCGAGGCUGGCGAGGGGAGUUCUGCAGAUGGCAACUAAAUCCAGGAAUGUACACCUAUGAUAAUGUAACAGUUGACCAGUUCACAGUUUGCUUGAGGAAGAAUGGACAGACAGUUUACCAGCAAGUAUUGUCUGUAGAUAAGCCGCACACACUUCAAGGCUGGAACUGGGGAUAUUGUGGUAGAUAUGCUUUCUACCAUGCCUUGUAUCCCCGUGCAUGGACUGUUUAUGAACUGCCUGGACAAAAUGUAACACUAACGUGUAGACAGAUUUCUCCCAUCAUUCCCCAUGACUACAAGGACAGCAGUUUACCUGUUAGUCUUUUCGUCUGGGAUGUGGAAAACCAGAAUGAUUAUGAUCUUGAAGUUGCAAUCAUGUUCACUAUACAGAAUGGAGUAGGUACCAAAGAUGAUACCCAAGGAGGUCACUGGAAUGAACCAUUUUAUGUGGAAAAGAAAGGAGAAAAAGUGUCUGGCGUUUUAUUGCAUCACUGCAUCUCUGUAAAUCCAUACACAUUUGGUAUAUCUGUGAAGGAAAAGGCUGGUACUACUGUGUCUCAUCUAACUGCUUUCAAUCCGUCUGGCAUGGGACAUGAGGUGUGGAGAGAUCUGAUGCAAGAUGGCGAGCUGGAUUCACCUGCAGGUAAAAGCUGUCCCACAGAAAAGGGAGAGAAGACAGCAGCUGCUGUGGCUGCUUCUUGUGUAGUUCGUGCUAGAGGGCAACACUGUUUGGAGUUCUGCUUGGCCUGGGACAUGCCCAAGAUCUACUUUGGUUCACGUGAGAAGGAGCAUUUAAGGAGGUAUACACGUUAUUUUGGAAGCAGUGGAGAUGCUGCCUCAGAGCUGUGUCACUAUGCCCUGACUCAUUACAAGGAAUGGGAACAAAAGAUUGAUAACUGGCAACGACCCAUCUUAGAAAAUAGAAGUCUGCCUGACUGGUACAAGUCUGCAUUAUUUAAUGAGCUGUACUUCAUAGCAGAUGGAGGAACUAUCUGGAUAGAGGUGCCUAGCAACACUGACAUCACUGGUGGAAAAAGGCCUGAGGACGGGGGCCUACCUGCAUUACCAGAUGUAUUGAGAGAAUAUGGACGAUUUGCUUACCUGGAAGGCCAGGAGUACCGGAUGUAUAAUACUUAUGAUGUGCACUACUACGCUUCUUUUGCACUUAAUAUGCUGUGGCCUUAUCUAGAGCUUUCCCUGCAAUAUGAUAUUGCGGCUUCUGCAGUAAAGGAGGACAAAACACAAAUACUCUACUUGAAGAGUGGAAAGAUGGGUAAUGUAAAAACAAAGGAUGUUGUUCCACAUGAUGUAGGGGAUCCAGAUGAUGAGCCAUGGGAGCGGCCAAAUGCGUAUCUUAUUCAUGACACAGCCGACUGGAAGGACUUGAAUCCAAAAUUUGUUUUGCUGGUAUACAGGGAUUACUAUUCCACCAAAAAUGAUGUCUACCUCAGGGACAUGUGGCCAGUCUGUAAGGCUGUCAUGGAAUCUGAACAAAGGUUUGAUAAAAAUGGUGAUGGACUUAUUGAGAAUUCCGGGUAUGGUGACCAGACAUAUGAUGGUUGGAUUGUUACAGGACCGAGUGCAUACAGUGGUGGACUUUGGCUGGCUUCACUUUGUGUAAUGUGCAAAAUGGCAAAGAUUCUGCAAGAUGAUUUUCAUUAUCAGAAGUAUUUUUCCAUUUUGGAAAAAGGAAAGGAGGCCUACAACAGAAUUCUUUGGAAUGGGAAGUACUACAACUAUGACAGCAGUGGUAAGUACUAUUCCAACAGUGUAAUGGCGGAUCAAUGUUGUGGACAGUGGCUGAUACGAGCAUGUGACUUAGGCGAUGGGGAAUUUGAGGUUUUUCCUGAGUCUCAUGUACGAAGUGCCUUGGAAACAAUAUUUUCCCUGAAUGUGAUGAGAUUUGCUGAUGGAACUAUGGGAGCUGUAAAUGGAAUGAGGCCAGAUGGUACUGUUGAUAACAGCAGUGUCCAGUCAAAUGAAGUCUGGAUUGGAGUUGUAUACAGUCUUGCAGCUACCAUGAUCCAAGAGGUAUAG